AUGUCAAUGAUCCUAGUAAAAUUCACCCGCCUACCCAUCCCACCACACACAAUCGAUAUCCACAAUGCCCGCGAAUACGAGCCCUGGUACGAAGCAGUCGAAAUCUCACACGCAAACGACGCUAGAGAAACCUGGAAAAACAUAUCCCGAAACAUCACCUCCUCAAUUCAUAACCACCAUCGAAAUUACAAGUACUGGAACUACAUCAUCGAUAAAAUGGAAGUAAUGUGGAAACUUGGGCUCACGGAGACGGCGCCCCAGUUGCUUUUUGCGUAUAGUAAGAAUGAGAAUUAUCUCGAUUUGCAUGAUGGUCAGCAUGAGAGGAUUGCGACGGCGUUGAGUUGGCAGAAGAGGGAGAGGGGUGAUUAUAUGCAUGUUACUUAUAAAGCUGGUCCUUCUAGUCAGGGUCAUGUUGGGAUGGUUUCUUUUAUGGAGCCUUAG